AGAGCAAGGGCUAGAGCGAGAAAGAGAGUGAAGAGGAAGAGGAAGAGGAAGAGUGUGCGUGUGAACAGAGGUCGUUGUCAUGGGUAAUGCGCGAUCAUCAUCAGCAAGGAGAGGGGAACGGGACAAGGUUGCCCUCGACGGGGUGGCCAUCAUGGAGACGGGGGAGGUGGAGGUGAUGGAGGACCAGGUCUUUGCAUGGGAACUGUGGAAUGCCUUUCCGGCAGAGUUGCAGCAUCUGGUCCUCUCCUUUGUUGACAUCCGUGAUCUGGGCGCUCUGGCAUGUACCUCAAAGGCUCUGGCGGCUCUGCUCGACGACGACUACGUGUGGCGGGUGGCCUACGGCUCGCGCUUUGGCUUUGAUGACGCGGCCUGUGGCGGCCUGGGCCCGGGUCCGUCACGGGCGACGUGGCGUGAGCGGCUACGUGCCCGGAUCGGUACUCGAGGGCUCUUUCCUAUCGCCCGCAUGCUGUGCGUCCCGCCAGAGCUCGGCGGCGUGGCCGACGCCGAUGCUCUCGCCUUUGCCUCCGAGUACGCAGUGGCGUGGCUGAGUCAAGCAGGGCAGGGCGUGCCGACCAUUCGUGAUGUGCUGAUGUCGCUGACGUAUGCGUUGUCCAUGCGUGGCCUGCAUGUGGCGUGGCUCGCGGCGCUGGCGCAGCGGCUGCUUGUCGACGAGCCGACGCUCCUCCCCCAGACCACUGUUCUCCGUGCGCUGCACUUUGUGUUCUACGUCACUGCCUCACCAGCGGUGGCUGACCACAUUGAGGCGCACUUUGCGCCGCUGGCACGCGAGCUCCGCAACGAUCGGGUCGCUACCCUCGGCAAGACCGACGACGAGAUGCGGGCGUGCAUGGCCCAAGGCGACGCCAUGUUCCGCUCGCUCGAGUUUGCCGAGACCUUUGCCUACAUUCUCCGCCGCGCACUCGGCGUUCUCCAGGAUAGCUGCAACCAGUUUCCACCCGAGGUCAAAGCCGCGCUCGCCGCCAUCUACAACGCGCACGCUGCUGCCAGCGACGCUACAGACCCAGACCCAGACGCUGCAGACCCAGACGUCGCCGAUCCAGACACUGCAGAGACCACCGUCCUCGCCGCCGUCGCCGAGUACUUUAUCGUCAUCACCAUGGUCCCGGUCAUGGCCUCGAUGUUUGUCACAGCGUUUUCAGACUGGAAGCUGUGUGAAACAGUGCUCUUCCAGGGAGUGACCGGCGUGGUCUUUGGCGUUCUUCGCGGCCAAGGGCUCACCAGCGUGCCAGCCGACCAUCCGCUCCACGAUCAGCUCCCGCUCAUCCAGGCCACGCUCUCACAGGUGAUUUACACCCUCAUCACACAGGGCACGUCGCAUGCUCGCGCCGGGUACUGCCUCGCGCCGGCGCCACCGCUCGCCUCCGGCGCUCUCAUCCAGGCCCUUGUCCGGCUCCACACCCACGGCCGCGACCUUGCUCACUGCGAGCCCGUCGCGCGCGUCGUCGGUAGUGUUGAUGAAGAGGCUAUGCUUCUCGGCUGGGACGCGCCCGGCGCCGGCCUCUCGCUCCCCAGUGACCUCUCCAUCCGCAGAAUCGCCUCCCCGACCUCUGAGCGCAUGUCUCAUCCAUGAAUCACCCUUUGCGCGGACACCAGACGGAACAAGCAAGUGGACCGCGAUCGGUGCUAGAUCCUGAAUGAGACCACACUCCACAGCC